GUGGUGGAAUAAGCUCCAAACCUUCUCCUCAAAAAGAGGAGGGGAGGCCUUUAGCCCAGCAGUGGGAAAUUUGCAGGCUGUUACGGAUAUUUAAAUCAUAAACUGUCUUUAUUUUUUUUCUGACGUAAGUCUGUCAUUAUAUCAAUACGCCAAACUUACGAGUAAUCAAAUAAGUCACGUUGAAUGUACGUUAGAUUUGAUUGUUUGCCACAAUUUCUAUUUGACAUCAUUGAAUUUAGAUUUAGUUUUAUAUUAUAAAACAUAUUGUUAAUCGUCAAUAUGAAAAUUACUUACAAUGUUAAGUCGAACAAUAAUGAGUCUGAGUCUAAUAUACUAAAAUUCAAAGUUAAAUCGGCACCAGUAGAACUUUUAUCCAAAUCUUCUGAAAAAAUUUUAAAAGAACAGUUAUCUGCUCCUUCUUAUUUACACUCAUUAAGGGAAAAUUUAGCACCUCCAUUCAAACGACCGGUAAAAGAAGUGAAACCAUGCCUCUUAAUUGGUACUAUAGUCACCGAAGCUGAUGUUAUUGAAAUAAUAGCUGCAGAAAAUACUGAUCCUAACAAAGGCUUGGACAAGCAUUUAGGUAAAUUUCUGGUAAAAAAGCAGUUAUUAUCAAAUGAUUGGUUAUCGGAGAAACACUUUCUCAUAAGUUUAUUGAAAGAGUGCAUAAAUUAUUCAGCUCAUCGUGACUUCUCUGCAUUUAAGCUAGCAUGCUUCAUGACUAUUUAUUUAGCUACUCACAAUUACUUUAAAUGGCACUACUGGAUGCCACCAACUACUGUUUGGAAAUUCUUUAAAGAAGUUAUGAUAAGGCAUACUAUAGAGGACUCACCAGAUGGUCAAGAGGUAUUUGAACCAGAGGAGUGCUAUGAUAUACUAACACAUUUUCAUAUAAUCUACCUCACCAACUUACCUCUGAUACACAUCCUUAUAUUUAGAGUUCACCGACUAAAGCUUUUAUGGCCAUUUAAGCUUAAAUGAUUCUUUAAUUACUAUGAAAAUUAUGUUUGUCUUUAUAUAUUAAAUAAAAGAUAUGGUUUAAACUCUCAAAAUUGUUUUAUUUAGUAGUACUUUGAACAAAUCAAUACAAAUCAU